AUGACCUUGUUAGUGGGCGGUUUUGAGUCCCACGUUUUAUUCGACUCUGGAGCAUCGAAUUGCUUCAUUACACCGGAGCGUGCCGAGAAGAGUGGCAUCCGGAGUAGCGCGGGCGAGAGCGCGGGCAUGGUCAAGGUGGCGGGAGGUGGAUUCUUGUCUACUUUGGGCCGUGCUAGAGGAGUCGAGAUCGAGAUUGCGGGGCAGUCAAUGCCAGCAGACUUAGUCAUCAGUCCGGUGGAGCUGUAUGACGUUAUUCUCGGGAUGGACUGGUUGUCACACUACAGAGUUCAUCUGGAUUGCUACAGAGGUAGAGUGGUCUUCGAGCGAGAUGCAGGGAGGUUGGUUUAUCAGGGAGUGAGACCGACUUCCGGGAGUAUUGUGAUAUCUGCUAUUCAGGCCGAGCAGUUGUUAGAGCGGGGCUGUGAGGCGUAUCUGGCGACGAUUUCUAUGUCUGAGUCAGGAGCUGGAGUUGUUAUGGGAGAUAUUGAGGUUGUCCAGGAUUUUGAGGAUGUCUUUCAGUCACUGAAGGGAUUACCACCAUCUCGGUCUGAUCCUUUCACGAUUGAGUUAGAGCCGGGGACAGCACCGAUAUCGAAGACGCCUUACAGGAUGGCGCCAGCUGAGUUGGCAGAGCUGAAGAAGCAGAUAGAGGACCUUUUGUCUAAGGGGUUCAUUCGACCAAGUGUUUCACCGUGGGGAGCACCGGUGUUGUUUGUGAAGAAGAAGGAUGGCAGUUUCAGACUUUGUAUCGAUUACAGAGGUCUUAACCGAGUCACUGUGAAGAACAGGUACCCACUCCCGAGGAUUGAUGAGUUUGGAUCAAUCCCGAUAGAUGAGGCAGAUGUCAGGAAGACUGCUUUCAGGACGCGUUAUGGGCAUUUUGAGUUUGUGGUUAUGCCUUUCGGUUUGACUAACGCGCCGGCAGCCUUCAUGAGAUUGAUGAACGACGUGUUCAGGGAGUAUUUGGACGUGUUCGUCAUCAUUUUCAUUGAUGAUAUUCUGGUAUACUCGAGGAGUCAGGAGGAGCAUGCGACUCACUUGAGGUUGGUUCUGGAGAAGCUUCGGGAGCAGAAGCUUUUUGCUAAGUUGAGCAAGUGCAGUUUCUGGCAGCGAGAGAUGGGAUUUCUUGGCCACAUUGUUUCUGCAGAGGGAGUUUCUGUGGAUCCGGCUAAGAUUGAGGCUAUCAGAGAUUGGCCUAGACCUAGUAGUGCCACCGAGAUCAGGAGUUUUCUGGGUUUGGCAGGAUACUACAGGAGGUUCGUCAAGGGGUUUGCUACCAUGGCGCAGCCGAUGACGAAGUUGACCGGGAAGGAUGUCCCUUUUAUUUGGUCAGCUGAGUGUGAGGAGAGCUUUAGUCAGCUCAAGGAGAUGUUGACUACUACACCAGUGUUGGCGUUACCCGAGCCAGGGAAGCCUUACAUGGUGUAUACAGAUGCUUCAGGCAUUGGUCUUGGUUGUGUGCUGAUGCAGGAGGGCAGAGUGAUAGCAUAUGCUUCGAGACAGUGGCAGGGCAGUGAGCGUAACCGUCCUACACAUGACUUAGAGUUGGGAGCAGUGAUCUUCGCGUUGAAGAUUUGGAGGUCUUACUUGCUAGGUGAGACAGUACAGGUCUUCACGGAUCACAAGAGUUUGCAGCAUAUCUUCACUCAGCCGAUGAUGAACGCGAGACAGACGCGCUGGGUUGAGUUCUUGGCGGAUUAUCAGGUGAGCAUUAACUACCAUCCGGGCAAGGCUAACCUAGUGGCGGACGCGUUGAGUAGACGGAGGUAUGAUUCCGCAGUUGAGCGAGAUGUGGAGUCUCUAGUUGGCGAGAUCAGUACCUUGCGUUUGUGUGCCAUUUCGCAGGAGCCUUUGGGUUUAGAGGCAGUGGAUCAGGCGGAUCUACUUAGCAGGAUCAGAGUUGCUCAGCAGAGUGAUCAGAGUUUGCUGGAUGCGACGAGAGUGACUGGUUCUGAGUAUGAGGUCUCUGCGAAUGGGACUAUCUUGGUUCGUGGGCGAGUUUGUGUGCCUAAGGAUGUGGAGUUGAGACAUCAGAUUUUGGGAGAGGCUCAUGCGAGCAAGUUUUCCAUUCAUCCAGGAGCGACCAAGAUGUACCAUGACCUCAAGAGAGCAUCAGGUUCCGGGUGGUCUUUUGCAGAGUUUACCCAUUCCGAGUGGAAGUGGGAUAGGAUUACGAUGGAUUUCGUGGUUGGACUACCUGUUUCGAGGACUUUCGAUGCUAUCUGGGUGAUUGUGGAUCGGUUGACUAAGUCUGCACAUUUCUUGGCCAUCAAGAAGACAGAUGGAGCUGCUGUCUUGGCUAGGAAGUUUGUGCGAGAGAUUGUGAGGCUGCAUGGAGUGCCAGCUAGUAUUGUGUCAGACCGUGAUCCCAGAUUCACUUCAGAGUUUUGGAGGGCGUUUCAGGCAGAGAUGGGCACUAAGGUGCAUCUGAGUACAGCUUAUCAUCCGCAGACAGAUGGUCAGUCAGAGAGGACUAUUCAGACUUUGGAGGAUUUGCUGAGGAUGUGUGUGUUGGAUUGGGGUGGCCAUUGGGCAGAUCACCUAAGCUUAGUUGAGUUUGCAUACAACAACAGCUUUCAGGCGAGUAUUGGCAUGGCUCCAUUUGAGGCUUUGUAUGGGAGGCCAUGUAGGACACCCCUAUGCUGGACCCAAGUGGGGGAGCGCAGCAUGUAUGGAGCUACUUAUGUUCAGGAGACGACAGAGAAGGUUCGUGUUGUGAGGCUGAACAUGAAGGAGGCUCAGGAUAGGCAGAAGAGUUAUGCAGAUAGACGCAGACGAGAGCUUGAGUUUCAGGUUGGAGAUAGAGUUUAUCUCAAGAUGGCUAUGUUGAGGGGUCCUAACAGAUCCAUAGCAGAGAACAAGCUGAGUCCGCGAUUUAUGGGUCCGUUUCCAGUAGUGGAGCGAGUUGGGCCAUUAGCUUACAGGCUGGAGUUGCCUGAGAUUAUGAAAGCCUUUCACAAGGUUUUUCAUGUGUCGAUGCUGAGGAAGUGUCUUCAUCCUACAGAGGAGUUAGUGGCUAGGAUUCCAGAGGAUCUUCAGCCAGAUUUGACCGUGCCGGCAGUGCCUAUGAGGAUUUUAGAGAGGAGGGAAAAGGUUCUGAGGAACAAGAGGAUUCCCUUACUGAGGAUUUUGUGGGAUUGCAGUGGUUCUACAGAGGAGACUUGGGAGCCAGAGGCAAAGAUGAAGUUGAAGUUCAGGAAGUGGUUCGACAAGCAGGUCGAGGAGUGA